AGCAAAAAAAACCAGCAAAACGUAAAAAUGUUGAGAAUAUAAUAAAACGCCGUCUACCAUAUGAGUGAGCUGAUGACCGCGAAUAAAAACAUUUUCUAGUUCACAACAAACAUUCGACGUGAACACAUUGCCGAUUGUUGUUGCGAGGCCUUUAGUCACAUGAAAAUAAUGUGAAAAUUUUAACACAAUUUCUUUCGUUUUUGAUACCAUCAAAACAUCUGUACAUUACAGUAUCUACAUCACUACACGGCGUUCUUCAGAUCCACUUCAUAUCAUACCGUCGUCGAAAUAAAAUAAAAUAAAAUAAAAAAAUGAUUCACAAGAAGAAAUUCAAUUAAGGUUUUAGUCGGUUCCUGUGAGUCACUAGUACAUCUUGGAAAACGUCUAUACGGUGGAACAGCAAUUUUGUUGUGUAUUUUUUACUCGAACAACAACAACAACACAGCCGUGGCUCAUUUUAAACGAUAAAAUUUUGAAUUAAAACGCUGAAGCUCUCUGAUUUUCAUAUUUAAUUACGAGAGGAAAAAAUUGGUUGUGAUUCACAAUUUGCAUUCGCAAUUCGCUAUUCGGAUAAAUCAGUGCAUACGGGAAAUAGAUCUGAAAAAUUGUCUUCGCUUUUCGUGACAUUAUACAUUCUAAACAACAACCGAAAUAAAACAACAAUUCGUGCGCUUUAAGUGGCUUUAAUCUAGUUCGAUAUUUCAGUUCUCAGUAUUUUGUUAUAUGGACCUGUUGAGCUGCAAUAAACCAACAUUAACUUAUACAUGAAAUUUUACGAUUUACUGGUGCUUGUGACUACAAUUUUUCUAUUUUUGUGAUAAAACUCAAUCAAUGUCGAUAACGAAAUUGUUUCUUCGAUUCCAUUUACGUUUUAGUUGAUUGAUUUACAUGACAAAGUGUUCAUUGUGUUUGACCAUUGUGCUGUAGUUUAAAUGAAAACAGUUUUUCGAACGUAAUAUGUAUAAAAGUGCUGCAGUUUGUGUGUUCCUUCUAUUUAUGUUACUGGAUCAAUCAAACGCCGUACGAUGCUAUCGGUGCACAGUGGCCCCAACGAAUCGUCAUGAGAAUCGUUCCCAGCAAUUAUGCUUACAUUUCAGCGAAAGUGAUGAAUUCGUCGUGGAUUGUCCAUAUUCGACAAUGUGCGUAAAAAAGAUUUUCAAAUAUCAGCUGUUGGAUGGGGUCAUUGAAACGGUUGAACGUAACUGUGCUGAUCAGAAAUACACAGAACCGGAUUUUAAAAACGGUGCUUGGCAGGACAAAACUACAGUUGAAGAACCAUACGAGAAAGGAUGUUCAAGUGCAGUACAAAAGUUGCCCGGUACCGAGCCAACCACAUACUGCUACUGUAAGGGGUCGCUGUGCAAUUCGGCCAAUAAGGAAACAUUUAGCUAUCAUACGGACGCAAUGGCUGUUAUAUUUGUAUUUAAUGCAAUGAAAUAUUUGAGAAAUGUGGACUGAAUUUAGUGAUAAAGACAAAAAACAAAACAAAUUAGUCGUCGAAGAAAUUCCAUAAAUUUUGUACAUUUUCAACUAUCAAUUAUUGUAGCCGAAAUUGCAAUUAGUUUAUUUAUGAAUAAAAGAACUUGUGUAUUUGUGAUAGAAGAAUGA